UGACAUCUGCCGGUAGGCCAGCAGUCACACGAUUCUCACAGACCGUUCUGCAAAGCGAUUUGGAAGAACCUUCUGGAGGAGCAGUGUUUGGAUGAGAGCAUCAGAGAACAAUGUCUCCUCCUCGACUCACAGGGGCUCUGCGCUCCUUCUCCACUGUCAGCAAGAAGGAGGAUUUUAAUGAACAGCUCUACGAUCUGAAGACCAAGCGGCUGAAGAGGCGGGAGCUGUUUGCCAGAGAGGGUGUGACGUGGCAGAAGAUUGUCCAUCUCUGCUCGGAGAAUCAGGACAACGCUAAACAGCAAGCUGAACUGAAGAGCCUCCUUCAGGCAGCCAAGGAAAUUG